AUGCCCUGCGAAAAGUGUGAAGCCAAGUUCACAAAGCUCGUGACGCCCGACGUCAAAGAAGGGUCAAAGCGCAUAGUGGGCGUCAAUAAACUCAUUGAAAAAGCGACUAAAAAGGACAAAUUGGUGAUUGUGGGGUCUAAGUGCAAAGUCUGCAAGACUGCGCUGCACAUGAAGGGAAAGUACUGCGCACCGUGCGCCCACAUAAACGGCCGCUGCUGGAUGUGCGGCAAGCGGAUUGUGGAUGUGAGCAAACACAACAUGAGCCUCGUCUAA